AAAGCCUUGUGAUUUAAUGUGAGAGAACAAGCCAGGCAGACCGAAGAAGAACUACUGUUCCCAUGUUUGAACUCUCCACCCUCUGUCUAAGCAUUAGAGUACGCAUAGCGCAUGUGCUGGUAAAGUGUAUACCCAUUCGUUGGAGUUUGCAAAUGGGGAGGUGCAAGCUUCUCUCUCGCAGACUUUUGCAGAGGAACCUUCUAAAUGAGAGACUACGUUCCUUGUAAAAAUAAAUAAAUAUAAAUAUAUAUAUAUAUCAAAUAUUAGCCAAACAGCUCAGAAAAUGACAAAGUACAUUUGCAGUUAUCUUGAGUAGGAACAUCUACAAAUUUGAAGAGGAUAAGACACUCAACAGUGCCAACAAGAUGCAGAAGCAAGUGGAGGUCAGGAUAGACGAAGGCCACUUGGAGCCCACAGUGGACGCAACUGAGAGUACAUGUAGCACUGUAUGUGAUAAAGUCAUGAAGAACAUGGUUCUAACGCUGACAAUUCUUGGUGAGUUUAAGGUCAUAUUAUCAUUGAUUGUCUCCUAGCUGAGAAACAAAACCCAGAAGAAGAUUGUUUUAAUGGCACUUGCAGUGCCCAGUGGUGACCUUGGCAGUAGCUGUAUGACUCCUCAAUGUCUUCAGUAAUGGAAGUGAGGCAACAGAGACCCGAUUCUGACAUGUAAAUGUCAUAGUCACUUCUUUUCCUAUGUCAUCGAUUCAGGUGUGUUUUUGGGUUCCAUUGCUGGAAUGCUGCUGCGGCACAUAUCGCCUCUCCCUCCUGAUGUGAUUAUGAUCAUAAGCUUCCCGGGGGAGAUCCUAAUGAGGAUGUUGAAGAUGCUUAUUUUGCCUCUUGUUGUUUCAAGUCUGGUCACAGGUGGGUAAAAGAAAGUGGCGGUUGCAAAUGCGCUGCCUAAUUUGUGUGUUCUUGACUGUAGUCUGCACCCUAGAGUCCGGAUCCUGGAGGUGAAACAGAGAGCACCAGUAUAAAAAGCUUGAGUUUAUAAAAAAGUCCUUUUAAUGCUUGAAUAUGGCAAACAAUGAAAUAAUGAAUUAGGGCCUUGAGAAUAUUGCCAGCUCACAAUGCAAAUUAAAAUCCUAUUUGUAUAAUUGCACUUUGGUAAAAAAAAAAAAAAAAAAAAAAGAAUGAAAUGCACAAAUCUGUUUAUGCAUUUGUAGCCUAAUGGAAAAAUCUACAUUUUAUGAACUCAUAUUUUCACUGAAAUAUACAAUAGAUCCACCAAGUAUAAGGGCUAAAAAGGGCUUUAAGAACAAAAAAAUGUUUCAAUUUUGCGAAUAGUGAUAUUGACAUAAAAUUUUAUCAUUUAAAAAAUGCGCGCAUGUAUGUGUGCCCCCAUCUGAACAAGAAAUGUGCUUUGUUAUUAGACUUAUGUUCUUGUCGCAGAUUCUCUAUAAUGAACAUUAUGUUGAAACACAUAUAUGUGCGCACAUGCACUUAGCACCAGGCCACCCUAGGCAACAGUUUUGAGGAUUGACUUUGCGGUGUCAUCACACUUGCAGUUACAUCUCUUGAAAACUAGGUUGAAAUGAGGGGCGUAGCUGUCAAGCCAUCCCCACCUCGUGAUGGCAGAGUCCACUGUCUUGCAAAACUUGCGCCACGUCCUGGGGGCUGCAUUGGACAUUGAUUCAGAGCGGACUAUGUUCUGUCGGGGCUGCAGUCCUCUGAAACCAUUAGUGGACACCGGCAGUGAGGGAUGUGGUCAGGAUGAAGGGGACCUAUCUGGUCUUUUGAGCAUGUGGCACUCUGGAGACAGCCGUAGGGCUUGGCAGACCAAGUGAAAUACAGCUUUGGAAGUAGCUGAGGCAAAAACUCGGAGGCAUUCAGAAAGCUCUGUAGAAUGAAUUCACGACAGUUUUAUCUCAAAUUCUGCUCCACCAGCCGACGACUCAGGAGGGGGAAAGUAGUGCACCAUCAACACUGCGAAAAGUGAGGACAGGGUGCUGCUGACCUUGACUAGGGACGUUGUGAGUUGGUAGGGAGAAUACUUAAAGAUAAAAUGACUCGGUGGAGGAAAGGCUGUUUUUUUUUUUUUUUGCGGAGAUUGGUAAACUUGUGACCUGACCCCAGCUACGUGUAAGGAAACAAAUGGAUGAAUAAUUAUUGGAAAGUUCUAUUAGAAUUACAUUCACGUCAUACCAUCAGUAUAUUAAAAUGAGACAUAAGUAGCUGAAAAGUGACUCUGCUUCACACUUAUUUUAAUAUUCUUUGCUAUCACAGGACUGGCUGGCUUAGAUGCGAAAUCUAGCGGCCGUUUAGGCACCAGAGCCAUGGUGUACUACAUGACAACAACAGUCAUCGCAGCAGUCUUGGGGGUGAUCUUAGUGCUGCUCAUUCAUCCUGGGAACCCCAAGCUAAGAGCUAAUCUUGGACAGGGGAAGAAGAAUGAUGACGUUUCCAGUGUGGAUGCUUUCUUUGACCUCAUUCGAAAUCUGUUCCCAGAAAACUUGGUGCAAGCCUGCUUCCAACAGAUACAAACAGUGACUACAAAAGUACAGGUGCCCACUAACAGAACCAAAGCACCCCCGCAGUUCACCAUCAAGAGGUCACUUCAGUUCAAAAGUGGAAUGAAUGUCCUUGGUUUAAUUGGAUUCUUUGUCGCUUUUGGAGUCAUCAUGGGGAAAAUGGGGGAGAAGGCCAAGCUUAUGCUCGAGUUCUUCAACGUCUUGAAUGAGAUCAUCAUGAGGGUUGUUAGUGCAAUUAUGUGGUACUCGCCAAUUGGAAUUGCUUGCCUGAUCUGUGGUAAAAUCAUCUCCAUUGCUGACUUAGAGGUGGUUGCUCGACAACUUGGAAUGUACAUGAUCACUGUGAUCGUGGGCCUCAUCAUCCACGGCGGCAUCUUCCUUCCUCUCAUAUAUUUUGUGAUUGUCAAACAAAAUCCUUUCAAGUUCUUCAUGGGAAUAUUCCAGGCGUGGGUCACGGCACUCGGAACGGCAUCCAGUGCUGGAACCUUGCCUGUCACGUUCCGAUGCUUAGAGGAGAACUUGAAAAUUGACAAGAGAGUAACACGUUUCGUCCUCCCUGUCGGGGCCACCAUCAACAUGGAUGGCACGGCGCUCUAUGAGGCCGUAGCUGCCAUCUUCAUCGCUCAGAUGAACGGAAUUGUUCUAGACUGGGGCCAAAUUGUCACGGUCAGUAUGACAGCGACCCUGGCUAGUGUUGGAGCAGCCAGUAUCCCCAGUGCUGGUCUCGUAACCAUGCUGCUCAUCCUAACAGCAGUGGGGCUGCCCACUCAGGACAUCAGUCUCCUUGUGGCUGUCGACUGGCUCCUGGAUCGCUUCCGUACCUCCGUCAAUGUGGUUGGCGACUCGUACGGAGCCGGUAUUGUAUACCAUCUUUCCAAAGAUGAGCUUGACUCCUUCGAUGCCCAACAAUCCCGGAUGGAGGAUUUUGAGAUGACUAAAACCAAGUCCUUCUUUGAAAAUAACACCAACCAGAAUGUGUAUGCUCACCACAAUUCAAUCCUGAUAGACGACUGCAAGGUCACCAUGGGCAAAAAUGGCAAGACUGCAGGGCUCUGUCUUGUUGAAGAGGAACCUUGGAAAUGCGAGUAAAGCAGGCCCAGGAGCUGCUGCGCCUUACCCUGAGUAAAACUUUUACCUUCUGAUGACAAAUCGAUUAGAAUGACACUCAGACAACGUGAACCGCAGAGACUGUAGAGACUGAGAAUCAUCU